AUGCCGACCCUCCAUGGCUUGGUAGAGCUCAGCGCCGUGCGGCGCCCCCAUCACGUUUGCCUGCGCCACGGCGACCAUCCUCCUCUGACCUAUGCCGACGUACAGAAGGCUCUGGAGCGAUGUGCCAGCCACCUGGUGCUGUUGGACACCAAAGUUCUGGCACUGGUCGCCGAUCGCUCCUAUGGCCUGGUCAUCAGCCUUUUGGGCGUCCUGCGUUCCGGGAAGGCCUACACCCCGAUCGAGCCGGACUUCCCAGCAGCCCGAGCCCAGGCGAUGCUCGAGGCGGCGGACAUCAGAUACGCAUUGGUCCCGGCCCAGCAGGUGCCACAGCCUGUGCUACACGACUGCAAGGGCCUUCGCAUCCUGGCUGUCCACGACGACGGCCGAGUCUGCUCGGCCGAGGAGGAUGAGCCGGUUCCAGGGGACUUUGCACAGCUGCCGACGGUGCCCGACAACGCCACCGCCUACGUGCUUUUUACCUCGGGCUCCACAGGAAAGCCCAAGGGCUGCAUGGUCCCGCACCGGGGCAGCGCGCUCUACGCCCAGGCAGUCGUGGAGCACUGCAACUUGGACGAGAACAUGGUCUACCUGCUGAAGACGCCUUAUGUCUUCGACGUUUCCAUCCAGGACCUGUUCACGGCCUUCUGCGCUGGCGGCACCUUGGAGAUUGCAGACCCUGGAGCUCACAAGGACGCCGGUGCCAUUGCGGAGAUCAUUGGCACCCAAGGGGUGAACUGCGCCUGUUUCGUACCCACGCUGCUCGUGGAGUUCGCGAACUACCUCGAGCGCAACCCCGAGGAGGCGCAGAGCGUCCGGCAGUCGCUUCGCCGAGUUCUGACGAUUGGGGAAGCCCUGAUGACCGCCACAUGCGCGCAGCUCUUGAGUCACAUCCCAGAGCUCGAGAUUCACAACCUCUAUGGGCCCACUGAGGCCAGUGUGGGCGUCUCCCACUUCAAGGUAGCGGGCAGCAACGUGGAGAGCCUGGGGACGGUGGUGCCCAUUGGAAGGCCAUUCCCUUACGUGAACUUCUGCGUCUUUGACCCCAGCACCUACGCUGAGGGGCAGAAGAUCGAAGAGACGACCCUCCGGGCGCCAGCCCCCGGCGCCAUCGGAGAGCUCUUCAUCGGAGGAGAUUGCCUGGCCAGCGGUUACAUCAAAAACCCGGAGAAAACCGAGGCCGCCUUCUUCCGCUUUCCCAGCCUCUGUGCCAAAGCCCCGGAAGGUGCCUCACCCUUCACGCUCUACAAGACCGGGGACCUCUGCAAGGUGGAGGAUGGCAUCUUCCACUACAUGGGCCGGAACGACUUCCAGGUCAAGAUCAGCGGCGUGCGCAUCGAAUGUGAGGAGGUGUCCGCAGUGCUCAAGACCCAUCCGGUGGUCGGAGAUGCAUUGGUCACCGCCUUCGACGGGCCGUUUGGAAAGGCCCUGGCCGCUUAUGUCGUGACCACGGACACGGUGGAUUGGUCGCAGGAGAUGGAUCAGGGCGCGCAGGACAGCGACGAGAUUCUCAACGUCAGCAGCUGGGGGGCUGUCUACGACGAGAUGUACAAGGAGACCGACAACAGCGUGUCCGCACAGGAUCCGACUCUCAACUGGAGUGGCUACACUGACACCUACUCCCGGCGUCCCCACAUCGAACAAGUGAUCAAGGAAUGGGUGGAGUGGAGCUGCGAGCAGGUGCGGGGAGAGAGGUCACUUAAACCCUAA